ACAUGCCUGACCACUCGUUAUCGAGCAGUCAGUCGUGUAACAACCAAGCAAUUGUAAAAUCGUUCUUUCUGUAUUAUAAUUUUCAGCGACUCAAUAAAAUAAAUACUUUUAAUAAAAUUGUUGAAUUGAGAACUUCCUCGUGGUGUUUUUUUUUCUAAAGUGCGAACUUAAAAAACGUUACUGUAGUGCCAACGGACUCUAUCGAGUUUACCCGAUCUGGCAUACAACAACUGAUGGCAGCGGUGCUCUUUCGAAACAACAACUCGAGGAAUUCUACAGCAUAACAAAUUAAAUCAAUCUAGAGAUAAAUCGAUGAAACCGACGAUUAUCCGGUAAGCGAACAUAAUAUUUCUGGAAGAACAUUGCGUUAAAAUAUAUUAUAAAUUAAAAUAUUACGUUUUAUACGUAAUCUACUUAUAACACACACAACACGUACACGUACGUAAAAUAUUACGACAAGUGGUGCAGCAACGAAUUUUGUCACCAUCAGCAAAAUUCUUGGGCGUGGCAUUCGGUCACAACGGGUACAACAUGCGGAGGCGCUUAAAAAAAAAAAAACAACAACUGAGGAAAAAUUCUUUUUUUUCUUCCUUCUCUCAGGGAGGACUACGUGCCCACUAACCAAGACCCUCUUGUAUACAUCGUAAGAGGCGCUAAUACAGGCGCAGUCAUCAUCGUUGUCCACGACCGUGAAAUAUACCACGAGUAUAUAAACACUACAUUAUACGCGUCCGUUGUACAAUAUACACACCGCCGACGUCGUCAAUAAUACAAUACACAUUUCGGGGCGUAGAACGUCUAAGAAGUUACUUCAAGACAUCGUGGGACUUCCUUUACAAACAGUGGUAUCAAGGAGAAAUCAGUCAACCAUCGUCAACGAAAAACUUCAGCAGACAUGUACGGACCAGCGAUAACAGAAAUAAUAUUAACAACAUUACUAAUCAGCAGCUUAAUUCAGAAAGGAUUAACGCAGUUCACAAAUAACGUUAUUCAACAACCUUCCGGUAUCUACUUCCAAUCUAUUGGACAGAUGUACUUGACAAAUUCAAAUUGGCGACUAUUAACUUACGUGAAUAUCUCUAACUAUAAUGAGAAAUACCUUCAAAUCCACGAGAUCGUACAACAGAUUGAACAAUCCUGUCAAUUAGGAAAAGACCUGGAAAUAGAAGCUAGCGAUAAUCCGUGUAUUCAUUACAACCAGCAAUCGAUGAACUUCUUAAACGAAAUCAACAAUAACAGAAAUAAUGUCAUUAGAAUCAUUGAACAGCCAAGCACAAAUGUACUGCGCUUCAGAAGAAGUCUUAUAAACUUGAUAGGACGCACAGCUAAUGUGUUAUUUGGUACAUGUGAUGACCAAGACGCUGAAUAUUUUUGUAAGAAGAUCCGAGAACUCGAAAGUGCAAAAGCACAACUUCUACAGGUAGCAGAGACACAAAUUAACAUUGUUCAGUCGAUAGUAACUAAUGUAAACGACUCUCUUAUUCAAAUAGAAAAAAUAGAGGGAUCAUUAAAAGAAAAAUACAAUCAUCUACUGCACGAAGUCCAAGUACAGAAAGCCGCAAUCGGGAUGGUAGAAUUUAAAACUGCUUUAACACAAAAGAUUUCUUUAUUGAAUCUUAUUCUAACCCAAUAUGCUUACGAAACAGAGACACUGGAAAAUAUUGUAAAUACUGCUUUACAAGAAUUUGUACACUCCAAUAUCAUUAACAUCAAUAGCAUAGUACAACAACUAAGAGAAAUAAAGUCAAACCUACCCUUAGGAUUAAAAUUACCUCCUAAUAUUGAUAAAAUCGGAUUGUCUGAUCUGAUGCGGUUGGUUGAUAUUAGCGUAGUUUAUGUACAAAAUGUAUUAAUCUUUACUUUGGAAGUACCAUUAAUUAAUAAUUAUGACUUUAUAUUGUAUAAGAUAUUACCAUUACCUGUUAAAAUAAAAAAUGAUUUAUAUGCUAUUAUAGAAUCCACAUCAGAUUAUUUAGGAUUAGGAAAAUCUAGAUUAUAUUAUAUACAAAUGACAUUGCCCGAAUUAACAAAUUGUAAAAGAAGCGUAGAAUUGUUUAUUUGUCCACAUGAACAACAAAUUCAUCAAUUAGAUGACACUUGUGAAAUGAGGAUUUUUCGAAAUCCACGUUCAUUACCAAAUUCAUGUAUUAUUAGAUAUGUUAAGUCAAACGUAAAUAUAUGGCAUAGAUUAGAAAAAACAAAUUCUUGGGUAUAUGUAACUAAUGGGGAAAACGUUUUGGUAAAAUGUGAAAAUAUAAGUACACCCACCAAUCACUGUAAAUAUAAAUGGUACGGGUGUAUUUACUUUAGAAAAUUAUUGUGAAGCAAACACUGAU